CAGAACAGAAGUUCUCACUCGUAAAGUUCAGCAUUGGCUUUGGCUGCAGCGCUGGUGCUACUGCUGAUUCUCUGCGUGUCCUGCACAGCUGCAGAAAGUAUAGUGAGAUGAUUGAACUGGGUUCAGUGGAGGAGGGCAGGAGUCUGAUAGAUGAGCUGAUGGAGUUAACAUCUCAAAGCCUGUGCAAACUGGAGAUUAAAGAGCAUUUCAACAUCAUUAAAGAGAUCGGCCGGGGCAAGUAUGGCCGUGUGCUGCUGGUCACUCACCGCUGUAAGGGAACGCCAAUGGCUCUGAAAGUGUUGCCCAAAACAUCAACCAAACUGCAAGGAUUUCUGCGGGAAUAUUGCAUCUCCCUCCAGCUGUCCUGUCACCCCUGCAUCGUGGGUCUGUUCGGCAUCGCCUUCCAGUCAAACGAGCAUUAUGGCUUUGCUCAAGAGCUGGUCGUGGGUCGAGACCUGUUCGCCAUCAUUCAGCCACGGGUGGGCAUCUCAGAAUGUGCAGUCAAACGCUGUGCUGUUCAGAUCUCCAGCGCUCUCGAGUUUAUCCACCAGCGUGGCCUGGUGCACCGCGACAUCAAACCCGAGAACGUGCUGCUGCUGGACAACCACUGCCGUCAAGUUAAGCUGGCCGAUUUUGGCCUUACCCAGAGACGUGGAACCCUCAUCCACUAUAUAUCGGGCACGUUGCCGUAUAUGGCCCCGGAGCUGUGCGCAAUGGUCCUGGAGGAAGGUCAGACGGAGGUAAAGGCUCCUCCACUCAGCGUGCAGCCCAGUUUAGACACGUGGGCGUUUGGCGUUCUGCUGUUUUGUAUUCUCACUGGGUUCUUUCCUUGGGAGCGCUGCGACGACAGCGACGAUUUCUACGAGGAAUUCGCCGACUGGCGCCGGGAGCCCAACACGGCCCCCGUGCCAUCUCAGUGGAAAAGGUUCACGCCUGUAUGCAUGGAGAUGUUUAAAAGGAUGUUGGCGUUGGAUGCCAAGGAAAGGUGCUCGGUAGGUGAGGUCAAAGGUUACGUGGGUAAGGAUUGGGUGCGAGCGAAGGACAUCAACGGAUGGGUCGGGGACAAUGGUGAACAGUGAUGGAGUCAUGUGACUUUUGGAAAGCCAAAACUUGGGAAUAAGAUUUUUAGGACCUUUGUAAAGGAACAUUUUUAUUAUCGCUACAUAACCUUUUUUAGACAAAUAUACAGAUGUGAUUAUAUUGAUUAUGUGUGUACAUUGUGUUAGUGCUUUGAAAGGACUUUUACUAAGCCAUUUAUGACCUUUUCCCACAAUCCCAGUCAUUCAUCAUUCGUCUACAUUCAGAAAAUAGCACUACAACCUUCUCUGUUGAACAUUUGAUAAUCUCCUGGCAUCUGUUGCACUUGAUGAGGUAUUGAUAGAUCUGGUGUUUGUUUGAGUCCUGCUCCAGAGAAACUGUCCCAGUAGGGUGUCUUCACUGGAGGUCAGGGGGUAAUUUGGCUCCUUUUCCUUUGCUGCAUAUUUAGAGAGUUACACUUACAAUGUUAUGUUACCAUGAUCCCUCUAGUGCGGCCCACACACGUUCUCAUCAAAGGUCUUAAAUCCCAUAAUGCAGGCCAACCUGAUCUCAUGGGAAUUUGUACAUAUUUUACGAGUUGGCUAAUUCAGAUGAAUUCGUACAACGUAUGAUGCCCCAUCCCUAAUCCUAUAACAUCACACUGGCGAAAGCAAAUCGUACAAAAAAUUACGAAUUUGGUCAUACAAAUUGGCAACCUUGUAAAAAAUGUUUACAAUUUGCAGUGAAAUUGUGUUGUGCAGCCAGAAGCCCAUAUUAUAGGGCUUAAUACAUUUUUAAUGCACAUUGUGGUCAUAACUGAUGGUCUUUAUCAGUAAAUUCAAGCAAGGCUGUUGAUAAAAUGCAUCCCUAUAGUGGUCCAAUAAAAUAUUAGGACAAACCCACACUUUCAAGCUAUCAAAUAUAAUGGGAUUCAAUAAAAACACAUUAAACUACAAAGUUUUCAGUGAAAUAAAGAUUUAAAAAUAAUUUAAUGAAAAGAUGUAAAAAAGCAGACUUAUAUAUUUUUUUUAAAGUAGUUAGAUUUU